AUGGCAUCCCUGGAGGAGUCUCUCGAACGCUUUUGGAAGCUGGAAGAGUUAAGCGUCAAUGAUUCGUACUCACCUGGUGAGCGGCGAUGCGAAACAUUAUAUAAAGAUACACCUCAGCGCGACGAUUCGGGUCGCUAUAUUGUACGAUUGCCCAAACAAACCGACUUCACGGAAAAGCUUGGUCUGUCUAAAACUACCGCUUUGAGACGCUCCGAGCUGCUAGAGAGGAGGCUAGAACGCAACCCACAGCUCAAGGAAGACUAUCAUGCCUUCAUGAAGGAGUAUUUGGAGCUGGGGCACAUGUCACUCAUGAGCAACGAUAGUGGGGAUGAACAGGCGUACUACCUACCGCACCAUCCCGUAUUCAAAGCCUCCAGUACCACCACGAAAGUAAGGGUCGUGUUCGACGGAUCUGUAAAAACAAGCACCGGUUAUUCCUUGAAUGACAUUCUAUGUGUUGGUCCAAUCGUGCAGGACAAGCUGCUUGAUAUUGUGUUACGAUUCCGCACCUACCAAAUAGCACUUGUGGAAGAUAUAGCGAAAAUGUACCGACAAAUAUUGCUGCAUUCUGAUGAUCGUCGAUUGGUGCGCAUAUUCUUUCGAUUCUCGCCGCAAGCUCCGAUCCAAGUAUAUGAGCUCAGCACCGUUACAUACGAACCAGCAUCUUCCUCGUUUCUGGCUACACGCACACUUAUCCAACUAGCAGAUGAUGAAGGGACUAAGUAUGCGCUUGCAUCUGCCGCCCUGAAACGAAACUUUUACGUGGACGACUUCAUUGGUGGUGCCAAUAACGUUCGAGAAGCUGUUCAGCUUUGUAAGGAGUUAUCAGCACUACUUGCCAAAGGGGGGUUUGAGUUGCGCAAGUGGACAUCAAACAAUCUGAGCGUUCUCUCCGGAUUAAGCACCGAGCAUAUCGGCACACACUCAUCGCUGCAUUUCAUACCUAACGAGACGGUCAAGGCACUCGGCAUCUCGUGGAAGCCUGAAUCGGAUGAGCUGUGUUUCGAAUCCAACACUGAGGCUGAUGAAGCCACGUCGACCAAGCGAUCUAUCUUGUCGAGCAUUGCCAAAAUGUACGAUCCGCUCGGAUUGAUAGCACCGGUGAUCGUGCGUGCUAAGAUGCUGAUGCAGGAGCUAUGGCUACUGAAAUCCGGCUGGGAUGAACCGGUUACUAAUAACAUCUGCAAAAAAUGGAAGGCGAUUCAGAGCGAUUGGAAAACAUUAUCUGAGUAUAGUACUAACCGUUACGUUCUCUUACCCGAUGCAACAGUGGAGUUUCACACGUUUACUAAUGCUUCGGAGGCCGCCUACGGAGCAUGUGUCUAUGCUCGUUGUGAAAACGCGGCGGGAGAAGUCCGCAUCAGCCUAUUAGCUUUGAAGUCUCGAGUGGCACCACUGAAGGCUCCACUGAAGGUCACGUUGCCGAGGCUUGAACUAAGCGCAGCUGUCCUGGGCGCCCAUCUGCAUCAUCGCGUCAAGGAGGCAAUGCAGAUCGUGUGCGCCGAAUCGUUUUUCUGGUCCGACUCAACAGUGACGCUAAAAUGGAUUGCGUCACCUCUCAACUCCUGGAAGACGUUCGUGGCAAAUCGAGUAGCUGAGGUGCAACACUACUCUCAUCCAAGGCAAUGGAGGCAUGUUCCUGGCACAUCCAAUCCUGCUGACUUGGUUUCCCGAGGUAUGUCGGCAGCACACUUCACGCAGAAUCAGCUUUGGAAUAACGGUCCAGAUUGGCUUGCGCAACCUUCGUCCCAUUGGCCCAGCUCAGAUCCAGAACCAAGCGAUGAGGCGGACCUAGAAACACGCCAGGUGAGUGCCGGUUUAGUUUGUACACAAACUCAUCCAUGGUUUGGCAUUUCUUCAUCCUUCACCAGAAUAGUACGCAUCAUUGCAUACUGCAUUCGGUUUGUGCGCAACACCAAGCACAAAGCGCGAUCACAGCGACCGAUACCGCACACCAUUGCAUCCAAGACGAUCACGCCCGAGUACGUGGAUGCUGCAAAAACUGUACUUUGCAGAUUAGCCCAGCAUGAUGCAUUUUCCACGGAAAUCAAGCAGCUAAAAAAGGGAGAAACAUUGAUGAAACAAUCGCCAUUUAGAAAACUUACCACAUUCCUGGAUGCAGAAGAAGUAAUACGGGUGGGAGGACGAUUGAACUUGUCGCAACUACCGUAUCAGUCCAAACAUCCAACUGUUCUACCGAAGAAACACAAAUUCACUCGUUUACUUGCAGAAGAUUACCACCAAGAACUGAAACAUGCUAGUGGAAGGCUAUUGCUGUCUCGUAUUAGAGAGCAGUAUUGGCCACUGGACGGACGUCGCUUGGUAAAAAGCAUCGCAAGGAACUGCUUCCACUGUAUUCGGCAAGAUCCCGCACUCGCACGGCAGCCGAUUGGCCAGCUUCCACCAUCCCGCAUCACACCGAGCUGA